AUGCUUGACCCUAUUGAAAUUUCUAUUCUUGAUGAAGGAGAAGUAAAAAAAACUCUCAAAGAAUUAACAAGAAAAGCUGAAUUAAUGAUAAUUAAAGAAAUAGCCGAAAAUUUGAGAAAAGAAAUAAGCAACUAUCGCAAAACUGAAGCUAAGAGGUUAGGAAGUGAACAAAAUGAAGUUAUUAAAAAUCAACAUACAACAAUCAACCUAGAUAACUAUUUUGAGCAACAAGAGCAAACACCAGCUUCUUCUCGGACUAAUCUUUUAAGUAAAAUUCAACAAGAAGAAAUAGAAUUACAAAAA